AUGGAAGUUUUAGAAUCUUGGACAGUUGAAUGGAAGGAGGUGGAACAACAGAUGUUGCAUCCUGUGAAGGACUCAGGAACAAGACUGAGUGUUGAAUUCAGAUCCAAUCCAUCAUUUGUCAGAGAAAAGGACCCCAUCAAAUGGAACGAGAAUGAAUUGCAGACAGAAGUUGAGAAGCUUCGAAGAGUCCAGCAGAGUUGUUCCAGCAAACAGCGAGACUUAGACAGAAGUGAAGCUGAAAUACAGAUAAGAAUCAACGAACUGAAAGAAAAUCUACAGAAGAUCUUCUCUGAAUGGAAGAGAAAGCUGGAAGAAGGUGAAGCAUCCACAAUGUCACUGAUUGAUGAAGAGGGUCUUCGCAUACUUUCACAGAUUAGAAGCUGUUCCGGAGCUUUAAAUCAGAGAAUGGAACUGAUAACAUUAAUUGAUAGGGAAACCCAGAAUGUAAUACAGAAAGAUCCUGUCUUCUUUAUUCAGAACUCGAGGCAGCUCCUUUCCAGAGUGACUGAGAUUCAGAACAUCACAGAGCUAGACGUUCCAGUGAUCACCCUGAACCUGUCCAAUAUAUCUCAACAUCUCCAGAAGAAGCUGAGUGGAUGGGAAAGAUACCACUCAGACAUAUUGGGAAUCAUCAUGUCAGCUUCCACCGAACACAUGGACACAUCAAAUGUAUCUCCUUUCCUACACAGCACCUCUGGGAAAGCCCCUGCCACAGGGAAAGUCCUCCAGGCAUCAACUCAGCUUUGCAGGAGAGCUGGACUAUCCCGAGAGAAAAGUCCAUUGAGCCUGGAUCCAAAGACAGCAAACUUCAACUUGGCUCUGUCUCAUGAUCUGAGAUCAAUGACAUGGACUGAACAGCAACAGCCCUAUCCAUCUCACCCAGAGAGGUUUAAGCAUCAUCCCCAAGUCCUCUGCUCUCAGAGCUUCUCCUCAGGAUCCCAUUCCUGGGAUGUGGCGACUGCUGGAAUUUACUGGGGAAUAGGGAUUGUGUGUGGGAAUGCGAUCAAAGAGGGAAUAGAUUCAUACCUUGGCAACAGCAUUAACUCAUGGUGUUUAUACUUUUAUGCUGGUUCUUUUCUCAGAGCCUGUCACAACAACAAGGCCAUAUUUCUCCGACAAUUUCCAUUAAAUAGCAGGAUCCGAGUCCAGUUGGACUAUGAGGCUGGGACUUUGUCAUUUCACCAGGCUACUGAGUCACUGACACAUUUACACACUUUUCAAACCACAUUCACUGAACCAGUGUUUCCAGCUUUUUGUUGUUGGAAUGAAUCCUUAAGACUAAUUAAUUAAUUCUCAUAUCUAUCAUUCAGUACACUCAUUUUUCAUUUCAGAAGCAUCAUUUGGGAUGGGAUCUUGGAGUGGUUCCGUUCCCAAUUGCAUGUUUUAGUGCUGCCAUUUACUGAUUGGAGUACAGAGGCAGGCCCCUCUUGUUUCUGCACUCUUGGGUGACUUAAAUUUAAAAUCUGUCUCUCUCUGAUGAUGUCAUUCCCAGGUCUGUGCCUUCUGAUGAUGUAAGUAACUCAACUAGCUGUUUUUAAAGAUGUCACUGAUUCUACAGCCAGUUGUGUUGUUGCGUUUUCCGCAAUUCAAAGUUUUCCAUCCCAAGCUGUGUUGCCCCAUUGGCAAUUAUGCUUUCCAUUGUCAAGGCCCAAAGCACUGAAGUUCCCUCCUUAAGUACAUCACCUCUCCAUUUCAAGUUCCCAGUAGGAUGCUACCACUUUGUCCAAGCUUUAGCUCUACAGUCUGAAAAGUUCUUUAUGUGGAUUUGUUUGCUUCUUCUUUUUACUCAGCCUUGUUAUCACGUACAACCAAAUUACGGUGAUUGGCUUUUGUUUUUGUUUUUGUUUUUAACGAUCAGCCUUCACAAGUAAAGCACUUGUGUGGCCAGUUAGAUAUUUACAAAUGAAGCCCAUUACAGGCAAAGCAAAUUAUCAAAAUUGAGGAAGGGGUAGGGAGGACAUUAGGCUUUAUGAGGGCCUAAGCAACUGAGCUCAGAGCUUGACAGAAUUUAAACCCCCAAAUUUAUAUGAAAAAAUCUU